AGGCUUCCGGAGAAAAGAAAAGUGAAAGUAUUUGGAGCAGAUCGUGCAGGAAGCUGAAGACAGUGCUUGCUGCCUUCCUCCAUCUCCGUCCAGAUACUUGUGUGCUGGCCAGCUCUCGUUCAUCCUGUCCAAUCACCAUGAUGUCACCAAUGUAACGGAUUGGUGUGAUGUUCUGUGGGAUGUCCAGGUGAUCCAGAUCUCUUCUAUUUUAUGACAAAAGACAGGUGCCACACUUGAGAGAUCAAUCAAUUGGUAGACAUUCUCCUCAGAGCUCCACGGAGGCACAAAGGGAGUAAACGUCUGCUCAAGGCUGAUCCUGGGCUAGCCCCAUGACCCAUUGGGGCUGGCAGUGGAAGAUGGCGAGUGGAGGCAGCCAGCACAGCCGCAGGAUAUCCACAGGGAACCAGAACCUAGAAGACCAAAUCCCAGAGGAGCAGGCUGAGUUUAUUUUUAGGUUCUUCAAAGAGAAUAAGGUGGAGAUUGCAAGUGCAAUAAAUAAGCCAUUUCCUCUCCUUAUGGGCCUCCGAGACCGUGGCUUUAUCUCUGAGCAAAAGUUCCAAAAUUUUGAAGAAGCUUAUUGGAAUCAGGUCCCAGUGGAAAAAGUGGUCUAUCAUGCGCUCAGUGAACUGGAGAAGACAUUUGACAAGACAGUUCUGGAUGCACUGUUCAGCAACCCUAACCUAAGGGCCUAUCCUGACUUACUUGAGAUCUGCAGAAGCUUCCAAAAUGUGAUUUGUGACAACUUCCAUUAUGAAGCCAUUGAUGAAGAAGAGACAAAGGAAAUGUUCCACUUACAAGUACCCCACCAAUUAGAGUCCUGUGAACACUCACUUCCCCAAAUGAAUAAUGUCAGAGCACUGGAAGAGACAUCCAGCUUACUGCUUAAUGAGGGGCAAGUUUCCUGUAAGCACAAAGCUCUCCAAAGGACGAAUGGAGGUGAUUUUAAAGAGAUGUCCGAACUGCUACCAGGCAAUGGGAGAGCGUCUUACAAACGUGUGGCUCCACAAAGGGAUGACGGAGGAGAAUCAGAAGAUAUGCCCGGAUUACUACCUUAUGAUAAAGAAGUGACCUAUGAUCCCAGAGUUUCCCCAGUGACUAAUGAAGGAGAACUAGAGGAGAUGCCCAGUCAACCAGCAGAAGAGGGACAAGAGCAUGGCAAUGCCUACUGGGAGACCCAUGAGGAAGAAGAGCCUCAGGAAGCUUUGAGUUCCCCAUCAACAUGUGGGCAAGCUCCCCAGAUGAUCAGUGAAGGAGAACCAGUGGAAGUGCCCAGGCAACUGCUAUGUGACGGGGAAGCAGAAGGUAACAGUGCCUGUUUAGAAAUGUGUGAUGAAGAAGAACCUGAGGAAGACUUGAGCUCACUACCAGAAAGUGGAUCAGUAUCUGGCAAACUAGAAACUCUCCAAAUGAAUAGAGAGGAAGAAUCGGAAGAACUUAGUUCCAGACUACUACUCUGUGAUGGAGAAGAUGUGCCAGAAGGUCCAGAAAGUAGCCAAGCAUGUGACACGAUGGAUACCGUGGAUCUUGAAAACACCUCUUCGGGAAGACUCAAGAGGAAGAGAAGAAAAAAGAAAGGCCAUGCCUGGACAAGGAUUAAAAGGAGAUAUCAGGGAAGAGUACAUCAAAAAGAAAGAAGCGACACUGAUGGCCAGUUGGUCUCCGGUGAGAGAAAAGUGAAAAUGCGUCUGCAAGGACGUGCCACAAAGAGGGGGAAAAGGAGAGGCAGAACUCAUAGUGAAAGGGCCCCACAGAAAAGAUUCCAGUCAAGAGGGUCAAGAAGGCGCAGAGAUGAUAGUGUGAAUUUUCACUCUCAAAUACUUCCUGUGACCUGUGGUAAGGUGAAGGGGAUGUUAUAUAAGAAGAGACUGAAACGAGGAGUCUUGGUGAGGUGUAUACAGAGUGAGGAUGGAAGAUGGUUCACCCCUAAGCAAUUUGAAGUCAAAGGAGGCCACGAAAGAUCAAAGAACUGGAGGAUGAGUGUGCGUUGUGGUGGGAGGCCCCUACGAUGGCUAAUGGAGAAAGGACUUCUACAUAAUCCUCCAAGAAAAUAUUUCAGGAGAAGAAAGACAAUACCAAAGCCUCAAGACAACAUCUUGGUUGACCCUUAUCUGGGAAACUCUGACAUGUGUGAGACGUGCCGGAACGGAGGAAAGCUGUUCUGCUGUGAUACUUGUUCGAGAUCUUUUCAUGAGUACUGUCACAUCCCACCUGUGGAAACCGAGAGGAGCCCAUGGAGUUGCACCAUCUGCAGGAUGGAGUCUUUCGGAAGGCAGCCAUGUCACGGGGAAUCUGAGGUCCUGGAGAGACAGAUGCAGCCUGAGGAGCAGUUGAAAUGUGAGUUCCUCCUCUUGAAGGUUUAUUGCCAUUCAGAGAGCUCAUUUUUUUCGAAGAUCCCAUAUUAUUACUAUAUUAGAGAGGUUUCUCAAAACCUGAAGGAACCCAUGUGGUUGGACAAAAUCAAGAAGAAGUUGAAUAAACAUGGUUAUCGCCAAGUAGGGGAGUUCGUGCAGGACAUGCGUCUCAUCUUUCAGAACCACAGGGUGUCUUACAAGUACAAUGACUUUGGCCUAAUGGGACUUAGACUGGAAGAAAAAUUCGAGAGGAAAUUCAAGGAAGUGUUUGCUAUUGAAGAAACAAAUGAGAGCAGUUCACAGGCAUAGUGGAGGGUGUUGGUAUCCUGGAAAAUUCCCUUUUGGGGCAGAAAUUUCAUCUCCCAUCCACUGUGAGGAUUGGCUGCGGAUGCCUCCUCUCCCCAAAAUAUCGUGUUCUGCCAGUGCCAGCUUCAUCUGGAGUUAACACCUCUUGGACCUGGGAGCUGGCCCCCCAGCCCCAAGGUGGGACCAAUGUCUGGUGUGAUUCAUGCUCAUGCAUUCCCCAGAAGAUCAAGCUAGAGCUAGUCUCCAGCUGGGACCAUAUCCAUGCUUGGUUUUUCCCACCAUGCCAUCCUUCUUCCCUCUCCCUUCUUCUCCUGAAAAACUUCUCAUAAUAAAUCACUUACUUAAGAGACUUUA